GGUCCCACAUUCAUUAACGUUCUCUUGACUGCACCGUGCGAAUAACUUUCACGUAAGUGGACACCACGAAAAACGAGAGUGUCACCCGAAACAAAGGUGAAAUGUCAGCGGAAAAAGUCAGCAUCGUCUUCUUCGUAAUGCUAACUGCAGCAACACGUGGAUUCGUACUGAACAAUACGCCGAAAGAGGACAAUUAUGGAAAAUACGGCCCGUUUGAGGAACAGCCAAAAGUUCGAUGGGGUGUCUUCUUCCGCCGUCCAAGUUUGCCAGAAUCUCCAUCCACUGUUGGCACAACAUUUCACUUGUUUACCAGAGGUGGCUCUUGGACAGUUGAUGAUGAAGAUUAUAACAAACUGAAGGCCUCAGACUUCCAUAUCUCGCGACGCACGAUAUUCGUAAUUCACGGUUUCGGUGAAAGUAAAAAUACCUGGGCGGAGCAACUGAAAGGUGCCCUCCUAAAACGAGAAGACUGUAAUGUGAUAUUGGUAGACUGGUCUGAAGGAGCAAAAAACCAACCAAGCGUUGAUGUCUUAAAGGGCUACCUUCAGGCUGCAGGGAACACUCGACUGGUAGGGGCUCAGGUAGCAGAGCUGAUAAGGUUCCUGAUUUCUAGUGAGUCUGCGCCACCUGACUUAGCCAAGAAGUUCUAUAUUGUGGGAUUUAGCCUUGGUGCCCAGGCCGCGGGGUAUGCUGGGAGUUAUUUGUGGAAUAAAGCCGAGAUGUCGCUUGGUCGCAUUACAGGAUUAGAUCCAGCUAAUCCCUUUUUUAGGAACGCUGGCGUUAACUACCGGCUCGAUCCAAGUGACGCUGUGUACGUUGACGUCAUACACACUGACAUGGAUGCCGCCGGGACAGAUAAAGUGACAGGUCAUACGGACUUUUAUCCAAAUGGAGGAAAAAAUCAGCCUGGUUGUAAGCACCAUUGGUUUGGGCUCGACGUGUUGAAGGCUCUCGCCUGUGACCACAUGAGAGCUACAGAGUACUAUAUUGCAUCAGUUGUUUCAGCGUCAGACAAACCUGAUUGCUCCUGGAGGGCGUAUCCAUGUGCAAGUUAUUCUGACUUUGAGAAAGGAAGGUGUUUGACAUGCAAGGGGGAAUGUCCCAUUGUGGGAUACUUGGCUGACCAAACAGAACGAAGAGGAAAAUUUUACCUUAAGACGACCAGCAAAUCUCCUUUCUGCGGGUUGAACUAAAGUAUCUCCAAAGACAAGAAUGCUGUGUAAUUCACUGAUGAGGAAAUUCUGCUGCUUCUAUGAUGGAUAGGGAAAUACAAUUAUGUUGUUGUGGUGGUUUAAACAAUUUUUUGAAAUAAUUUUUUAAACAACUCAUUAAAACUAAACUAGUGAGCAGCACUUUGCGAACA